CUCAAAACACGUGAAUAAGCGAUGGAAACAGACCCCGGAAACCCGGAGUCUACUAGCUCCUCAUACAAACACCAAGAACUUCGGCAAAAUCAGAUACGUCUCCUCACUACGAAAUGUAUCGACGGGUCCGUUGAAAUAGAGAUCGACCAGUACACACUUACCGAAGACCUUGGUUACGAUGCGAUUUCGUAUGUCUGGGGAAGUGUGCCAGCCUCGGUCACAGCCAAAUGCAACGGCAGACCUCUCGUCGUCACAUCCACCGCACUUGAGAUGUUACAUUACCUACACCGAUACCAAACGAAUACGACAGCUCGAAAGAUUUGGAUCGACGCGAUAUGCAUCAAUCAAGAAGAUGAGGAAGAGAAAGCUACUCAGAUACCACUGAUGCGCGAAAUAUACUCCAGAGCGAGGGCUGUUGUUGUAUGGAUGGGCCUUCCAACUCCGGAAACUGAUGCCUUCUUCACUGAAUUCCAAGAGACGAGAGUCAAAUUAAAGACGUGGAAAGCAAAGUAUGAAGCGGAUCCUGAAUGCCCUGAUCCAGACAUGGAAGAGCGUCCUCAUAAUGGAGACGCGUUUUGGGGAGGACUAAGUCAGCUCCUUGGAAAUGAAUGGUUCAGGCGUCUAUGGACAUACCAGGAGAUUAUUCUUCCAACUAGCGCAAGAAUACUUUGCGGUGAUCUUUUGAUGAAUUUCGAUGAGCUUUCAAACUUUUUCAAUGACGGAUGCUUCGACAGCCUCUAUUUCUGGUACACAUCUAGGAUCGCAUUCGGUACAAACGAUACACCCGCGUUGAAUACCUGUUAUUCCAUCAAAUUCUAUCGAGACAGAGGCGCCAAGGAAAUCCAUGCCCAUAACCUUGGGAGAGAAUUGUACGACCUACGUGAGCGACGUGUGAAAGAGCCUAUCGAUCGUGUUUGGGCAAUAGUAGGACUUUUGCAAAGAGAUCUUCAAGAUAGGUUAAGCUCAUGGGUUGACUACAGCGCUCAAGGUCGGGAUGAAUAUUGGAAGACGUGGAUCAUGUUUGCCAAAGCUUUGAUGAACGAACCUGGUGGGAUGAGCAUACUUCAGAUGCCGCCUACUCGGGAACCUAAAUCUCCACAUCUUCCAUCCUGGUGCCCGAAUCUAUCUGGAAUAUCAGCUUGUAAGAUGAUAAUUGAUGGGGAGUGGAAUGAUCCGAUACAUGAACGACAGCCAACCAAUCCUUGGGCUUUGUUUGAAGAGAACAGUUUGGAAAAGGCACCAGAAAGAAAGAACGCGAUCCUGGACUGUGGUCAAAAGCACGUAAGUAUCGUGAUGCAUGACAACGUGCUUCGCGUCCCUGGCUUUGUGGUGGACACGAUUGAAGAGGUUGUGGAACAUGAAAACCCUCUUGACGUGGCAUACGAUCGAUACGAUCUGAAUUCGGAAGAGCACAUGGCUCUUUAUGAUGCUGCUGUUGAUUGCCAUCUGAGAAGUCUCGAACUAGCUCGCUAUGUCUUCUAUGGGAAGAGCGAAAGAGUUACCGAUAUCCCAGAGGAGUUCAUCGUGUUAUUCUUCUUGGACUCGCGAAUCACUGAAAGAGCUAAGGAUACAUACCGUGAAGUUCUGCCUCAGUUGACGACUUGGUACUCUGAUCCAUCGGGUUGGUAUUACACUGGUUGUCGUUGGGAACAGGCGCAGUGCCAAGUCCAGUUGAGAUUCAUUCGCGGACUUACCUUUUUCAGCACAAAAGGCGGUCGAAUCGGAUACGCCUACCCGGGAUGUCGGCCAGGAGAUCAAAUUGCUGUGUUCUAUGGUGGAGAACCACUGUAUAUUCUUCGAGAUCUAGACACUAAGAGUGAUGGAGAUGAUGCGACUAGAGGGCAGACUUGUCAACAAUCAAGCCAGCUUGAUCGCUAUUAA